CGGUGCCGUCAUGCCCUGCCAAGCCGUGUCAUGCGACUGCACAUGUUGAUCCGCUGACUAUGCCUUUCUGUCUUCUUCCACAUCUCCGCCCUCUCGGAACCUUGCCUUCGACAACAACAACCCUCCCCCCUCAUCGUGUUUGCGCCAUACCACUCGAAUCCUUUGACACACAGCAGGCCGGUGACAUGGCAGCAGCCGAGUACUUCAACCCCAACGGCAGAAUGGACUCGCGGUCACACCAGCCGCCGCAACAAUUCCAACAGCAACCUCCGCCACGCUCCAGCCAAGCAUCGGCCAGCCUCAACCCCCCGUACCCUCUAUCCGACCAGCCGCCGCCUUACUCCGAGCAGGGGCCCCGACCGCACUCCCAGCCUCCGCCGGGACAACGAUAUCCUCAGCAGACCUCCGGCGCCGGCGCCGGCGUCGGCGCCGCCCCAUCCGCUCCCUACCCGCCCAACCCCUCCAGCAUGAACACCCACCAAUACCCGCCCGAGAAGCUGCCACAACACCCUCCCCCUCCACCGUGGGUGCAGCAACCUGGCUACCCCGCUCCAAUCGCUCCCGGCCUGAGCCAGGCCUACCCGGCCCAAUCCUAUCCCGGGCCACCCCCCCAAACUUAUCCCAGCCAGGCGUACCCAGGUCAGACAUAUGCCGGGCAGACUCGACCACAGCAGCCACGGCCCAAUUCGUAUACUCGCCCCACUCGAUCGCGGAGUCAGAGUCGAGAGCGGCGCAAGCACCACCACAAGUCUCAGCCGGAGGGGAAGCCUAAGAAGAACACCGGCAUGAACACUUUCCUCGGUGCCGGUGGAGGCGCGAUCAUUGGCGACCUCAUCUUCCCAGGCAUGGGCACGCUUGGAGGAGCAUUGCUGGGUGGCAUCGGAGGCCAUGAGUAUGGCAAGAAGCGCUCCGCAAGCAACCCCGGCCGAGCAUCUCGGCGCUCCUACAGCAACGGCGCUGAAUACUACAAUGACGAUUACCGACGGGGUCGGAAAUGAUGAUCACCUGAACGAUGCGACGAGAGAAGCUCGUCCAUGAUUCCCACGAUGAUACGCUCGCAACGCUGGCCGUUGUCGACUUGAAGACCUUGACGUAAUAUGAAGGAAGCGCGCACGGCAGAGUGAUUCCAAUGAAGAAUUUAGCACGAUUUGGUUUGCGCCAUUGACCCCAGCACUUUAGUCUCCGAAUGCAUUAC